AGUUUCGCUCCUUUUGAAUUGAUCAAAUACAACAUGGAGGAGGACGCACCCAUACGUGACAAACGAGGUCUGUGCAUCCAAGUCCAUCCUGGCGAGACGGGGCUGCUUGUCCCGAUCAAAAUCACUAAGGACACCCCUUUCCAUGGCUACGCGGGCGAUUCCCAGAACACAGAGAAGAAGGUCUUGAGGGACAUCUUGGUCAAAGGCGAUAACUUCUUCAACAGCAAUGAUGUCCUCAUGAUUGACCGUGAAAGAUUCACCUACUUCCAGGAUCGAGUAGGAGACACAUUUUGGUGGAAAGGUGAGAACAUGGCCAUGACAGAGGUGGAGGCCACUCUCGCCAUGGUGAACUUCAUCCAGGAGGUCAAUGUCUAUGGAGUGUCCGUGCUGGAUGAGCUGAAGUUACCGUAG